AUGGCGUCAUCUACAGCUCCAAAUCUAACGGCUCCCUCUGUGAAACUGAACAGCGGGUAUGCCAUGCCGAUCGUGGGGUUUGGACUAUGGAAAGUCAAUAAGGAGACCUGCGCCGACCAGGUGUACAAUGCUAUCAAGACUGGCUAUCGACUGUUCGACGGUGCUUGUGACUACGGAAAUGAACAAGAGGCCGGGCAGGGCGUGGCCCGGGCCAUUAAAGAUGGCAUCGUGAAACGAGAAGAUCUCUUCAUCGUCUCCAAGCUCUGGGGCACCUUUCAUGAUCCCAAACAUGUUGAACCAGCCUGUCGUCGCCAGCUGUCUCACUGGGGCAUUGACUACUUCGACUUGUACAUUGUUCACUUCCCUAUCUCCCUGAAAUAUGUUGAUCCCGAGGUUCGAUACCCCCCAGAGUGGUGUGCUCCCGGGGAGAAAGCCGAGGCUAGUGAUGUACCAAUGUACAAGACCUGGGGCGCAAUGGAAGAGCUCGUUGACAAGAGACUCGUGCGCAGCAUUGGAAUCAGCAACUUCAGCUCUCAGUUGAUCAUGGACUUGCUGCGGUAUGCUCGUAUCAGACCUGCUACCCUGCAAAUAGAGCAUCACCCAUACCUCACCCAGGAAGGCUUGAUCAAUUAUGCCCAAAGCGAAGGAUUGGCGGUUACAGCCUACUCGUCUCUUGGUCCGCAGAGCUUCAUUGAAUUGGAGAACAAGGCGGCGACGGGAACCAAAUUGCUGCUUGAACAUCCAACCAUCCAAGCUUCUGCUGAGAAACAUGGAAAGACCCCUGCACAAGUGCUGCUGCGGUGGGCAACUCAAAGGGGCAUCGCUGUUAUCCCGAAGAGCAACAACCCGGAGAGGCUUGCGCAGAACCUUGAUGCAACCAGCUUCAAUCUUACCGCGAACGAACUUGCCACUAUCAGUGCUCUCAACCAAGGAUUACGGUUCAACGACCCUCCAAGUUAUGGCAUGAAUUUCCCCAUCUUUGGAUGA